AUGCUGAUUAUCGUGCAGGGAGUUCGAAAUUGUUCUGGCUUAUUAAGAGUCAAUUUGCAGGCUCUUUCAAGUGGACAGCCAGUUUUGGGCUGCGCGCGGCCAUCGUGUUUUGGAUGGGGCGAAAAAAGCGACGCGCGCAAUAUGGCUCGAUUUUACAGGAUUCAUAAGAAAAAUGACGGCUUCAUGCGCAAAAAUGAUCUCAAAAAAUAUGACAAGGUUGAAAUAGCUGCUAGAGAACCGCAACUAGCCGUAAGUUUAUAUGGAUCCAUAAAGUCUGAAUUCGCAAUAUGGAUCAGCAAAGCUUAA